UCUUCAUAGAGCAAAUUUUGCUUGCAGAUUUUUUUUCUAAUAAAACGUCAUUUAUCAGUUUGGUGUAAAAUUUCUUUAUAGAGAAAAAAGAAGAAGAAGAAAAAAAAAAGGAAGAAAUGCCUAGUCACAAAUUGCAAAAGAAGCAAAUGCAACAGCAGAGAGUAUUGAAAAAAAAUUUCAAAGAUGAUCUUCUCAAAUGGAUUUGUGAAAAACAUGCCACCAACAGUCCUCUGGAUAGGGAAAUUUUGAAAGAAAAAGCCCAGCAACUUUCUCAAACACACGAGAUUAUCAAUUUCAAAUGUUCGGAGCAGUGGAUAACGAGAUUUUUGAAAAAAAAUGGAUUUUCAACAACACUAACAACAUGUACAGGUCCAUAUUUCAAAGAUUAUCGUCUCUGGAUCGAUUUAAUGAGAUCAACAUUGACACAAUAUAAAUAUAAAGAUAUUUUUAACGUUGACGAAUUAACAAUGUAUUCAGACGUAUGUCCAUUAAAAAUUGACACAAAUUCACAAAAUGACAAUAAUGAAAAUAUAAUAAAUGCAACAAAUCUUAUUUCAAUUCUUCUCUGUUGCAAUUCAUCAGGAACUGAUAAAUUACCACCAUUAAUAAUUGGCCCCGAAAAAUGUAAUAUCACUCGCAAUGAUUGUAAAUAUUAUUACAAUGAAAAUUCAUCAAUAAAUGAUGAAAUAUUCAUUGAAUGGAUUAUUUAUUUAAAUGAAAUAAUGGAACAAAAAAAUCGACAAAUACUUUUACUAUUGCAUCGUCAUAGAAUAAGUGCAAUUGGAAAUAGAAAAUUGUCUAAUGUGAAAUUAAUUUUUUUUCCCAAUAAUUUUCCAUCACAUUUACGUCCAUUGAGACGUGAUGUUUUUCAUUCGACAAAAAUGAAUUAUCGAUUGAUGUACGCUGAGAAAAUAUUUCAAGAUGACGCCAAAUGGGAAUUAAAUGAAAUGAUAAUUGCUAUUAUUAAAUCAUGGAAUCAAAUAUCAAGGGAAUUAAUAAUCACAAGUUUUCAACGUACAACAUUUAGAUCGGAUGAUAAAAUUUUGGAAAUAAUUAAUGACAAUUGGGAGAAAUUAAAUACGGGUGUAAGUUUUAAAAAACUUGUUACAUUUGAUGAUCAUUUAUCAGAUCAAUUAAAUUCAAUUAAUGAUAUUAAACAAUUGAAUAAUAAUGUGAAACAAAAAUAUAAUUUGAGAACAUCAAAUCAUGAAGUAUUUGAAAUUGAUGAAGAUUUAUCAAAAUUGAAGAAUGAAUCGUCAAAAAUUGAAAAUACAACUAAUAUUAUUGAAAAUGAUUUGGAAAAUAAUUUACAAGAAAUUAAUUCAAUGAAUUUAAAAACAAAUGAAAUUAUUUCAAAUAAUUUGGAGGAAAAUAUUACAAGAGAUUUAGAAAAAUAUCCCUUAGAUUUGUCGGAAAAUAUUGAGGAAAAUAUUUCAAAAAAUUCUGAAUUAAUUAUUCCAAUAGACACAGAAAAUAUUUCCAAAGAAAGUAAAGAACAAUUUUCGGAAAAUUUACAAAGAAAUUCUUCAAAAGAUUUGGAAAUUAAUUUGGAAGAGACGAAUAUUUUGCAAAAAAAUUUAAUAACAAAUGUUCCCGUUGAUUCGAUGGAAGAAGAUUCGCCAAUAAAUUUGAAAGAGAAUAUUUCGAAGAAUUUAGAAGAAAAUAUUCCAAAAAAUUUACAGGAGAAUAAUUUAGAAACUAACGAAGAGAAUAAUAAUGAUUUAUGGAAAAUUUUAGAACAUGACAACAAUGAAUUAUGUUUUUUGGAAAAAAUUCCAAAUUUACCUUCAGAAGAAUUGAAAAUAAAUAAAAAUACGUUUACUAUUAUUUUGGAAACAACAAUAAAUUCACCACAGGAAAUUAAGGAAUCAAUCUCUCGUUGUGAAAUGUCAGACGAUAAUAAGAAGAAUUGUCAGCAGACAGAAGAAGAAUUUGUCGUCAAUAUUAAUGAGAAGAGCAAUAAACCUUUGACAUUGGAAAAAAGAAAUCAUUCUCCCCUUCACGAUGAAGAUGAACCGCCGGGUAAAAUUCAAAAGACAGAAACUCACUGGUGCGAUAAAUAUGAGAAUAGUUAUGUUUUUGGUUCUAAUUCAUUUCCUGGGCCAUCAUCAUCAUCAUUAUCACACAAUGAUUAUAAUCAAAAUUUGGAAAAUCAUGUUGGUACGCAAACAUUAAUUUCUCAAGCUAAAAAUAUUGAAUUAAUAAAUUUCAAAGAAAAAGAAGAGACAAAGGAAAAAAGUUCCGGUCCAGGUCAUAUUUUUACAAAAAGCGGUACUCGCUCGCCUAAGAAUUAAUUUAACAAUGAAAAGAGAGCAAAAAAUAAGUUUUCCAACUUGAAUUUUUCAUUUCAAAAAGAGAGAUAUUUUGAAAAAAUAUAAAAACUUCUUUUUUUUUUUUUUUUGUUCUAUUAAACAGAUAUAUUGGAAACAAAGUAUUAAUAUCCUUAUAUAGGCUCUUAAGAUUAAUAUCUGUAAUAAAAUAAAUCAAAUUUCAUCAUUUACAAUAAAUAAUGAAGUGUAAAGAAAAGAUAAAGAAAAUUUU